AUGAAAAACGGUGGCUGGACCCUUGUCGGCAAAAUCAGCGGAAAUGUGGGCAACAUUUACAAUAAAUGGUUGGUGUCUAACCACAGCACUCAAUCGCUGAAGUCUCCAAAGAUCACAGGACAGAAACAGUUUGCCUGCUUUGACGCGCGUAGCUUAGCAGUAGAUGAAGCGUCCACGGUCCUGUUGUCCAGCGGUGAGAGGAUGGAUGGGUUGGGGAGCAAGUGGGUCAUGUGGAGGUUGCCAGGUAGCAGAGAAAAAGACUCGUUUUGGCGCCACUCGGUUGGGGUGACUACGGUAAAGGCAGCUGUUCAAACACCCGUCAUAGUGUACGCUUGGAAUGGAAGCAAAAAGGUAACAACGACGUAGAUGACUAUCCACUGAUGAUAGUCGCAGCUGUAAUUAGCAAUUUAAGCAACUGCAAAUUAACCCGAAAAAUAAAUCGGUGCUUCAACGACAUUCGAACCUAUAGCCUCAGCGUUAGCGCUCUACCAACUGAGCUGUGGGGGCAGGCCAAUUUGUUGAGUUCAUUUUAACCCGUGAUAGGAACGUGUUGUUUCUGUAGUGCUUCAUGACAACUAAGCCACACAUUCAUGCACAGCUGAAGGAGAGAUCUAAAGGGGCGCGUGUUGCUUGUUAACACGAUUACAAAACAUAUGACUAUCAGCUUAUACAGAACAGUCAGCCCUGCGCAGAGUUCAAUUCUUACCCUAUCUCAGAAUAUAUCUGUCGGGCUGUGUAUAAAAUACAUACCACUUAUUAACCGAGAGUGAAGUCAUUACAGGGAAAUCUCAGACCGAGGCCUUGAUGUACUGACCGAGUGAUAGUAAGGUCAAUACAUCAAGGUCAUAUGUUUUGAGUUGUACAAUUGAGCCCGUGAUACAGUCAUGUGACACUGGUCAGCAGAUGCCCUUUUUGAUAGCUGUUAAUAUAUAACAUAGAUGUCAAUAAGGAUGUCCACAAGUCAAUACAUCAAGGCCGAGGUCUCCCUGCAUUGACUAAACUGUCAGUUUUUAUCCCCUAGAUCUGUUACCAAAACAAGUUCGGGAUAAUGCCUUAUGCUUUACAUGGAGGUUCGUAUCCUUACACCUCUUAUGACCCUGCAGGCAACACCGCCACAAACGACUACUGUAUGUCUGUUGGAGUCAUGACGAAAGGAUCCACUGCGCAUGCCUGGUCCCAGAAUGCCAAUGGUUACGAUAGUCCAAGCAGUGAUUCUGAUUGGCCAAACAGGUCAUCAUACAGCCACCAGUCUCCACACCUGACGGUCUGGCUCAAGUAA